GUGUCUGUGUGGAUGCCAUCAAGAUAUAUUGGUAUAGUUUUGCUGUGCAUAGCACGUACUAUACGAGUACUACAGUAUUCUAAAAUUCUGCCAGAUCUAAAAAGAACUGUCUGCAAUCGCUUCACUGUCUGCAGUUUGUCUGUCUUAAAAUCACUUUUGAAACCGAAGGACGAUUGCAGUCACUACAUACUGGUGGGCUAGUUUGGCAGUUGCGUAUAAUAUAUCCUUGGAAAAUUUCGUAGAAACCCAGUUCCAAACAAAUUAAAUUUUUAAAUUGUUUUGUGGACACGAAAUUGUGACCAUGUUUUAUGUACCGGGCCAUUUCGCGCAGGAUGCGUUUACAACUUUCGGAGGUUGAAUUUUAGAAAGCUGAAUGCAAUUAUAUUAUUUCGAUGGAGGAGUCGGACGGGCAGGGCGCACGGAAACGAUCCAAACGGAGUAAUUCUGUGGACAGAGUCACCGUGGAAGACCCACCAUCUUCUGAUCGUGAAUCGAGUUCCAACACAGUGGAAACCCUGCCGGACCUAAACGAAGUGCAGAUUCAACUGCGUGGGCAUUUUAACGAGGAUUUUUUGCCGACACCGACGACUUUUCCGUUCGGCUUCCGCAAACCGGUCCCUCCAUGCGAUCUGCAGGGCUUCAUGAAUGUCGCAGCGACCUUUCGCCCAGUUUUACCGUCCAAUUUCCAUUGCGCGCAUUUCUCCAACGUGAGCAAUUCCCGCGAUGUGAUGCUGCAGAAAGCCGGUGGCGCGGUGUGUGCGGCGUACGAAAUCGCUUACGGGGACCAGAUUGCCGUGUAUUCCGCCUUCAUGACGUCCGUCCUCGAAGCUCACCUGAUACCGUACCAACCGCAGACACUGCCGCAGCGAGCACUAAUGCAAAUGCAGGAGAAACUGGAAGAUGGCAAAGUCCGUCUGGUGCAAUUUCUCGCCAUGCUACCCGGUUUCGAGGGCAUUAGCUCGGCGGAUCGAGAUAUUCUGCUGGCGGAGAAAGCCUUUAUCAGUAAUCUGCUGCAUCACAUGAGAUCCUUUUACAAGGGAGAAUACUAUUACCCACUUCCGGGCCCUGAACAGAUUCCCGCCAGCAACCACUGGAUGGAGAUUAUUGGUUUGGAUUCCGAAUUCCUCCGGUUCUGUGCCAAAUUUAGUACUGUAUUCAACGGGAUCGGGCUGACAUUGACGGAAUCCUAUCUGCUACUGGCCAUGGCGCUUUUUGAUCCUCGAACGACCACAGCUUCUGAUAAAUCACUACUCAGUCACCUGCACACGUUUUAUGCGGAUGCGCUAACGUACAUCAUCGGCUAUCGGCGCCGCGAUCCGGCAGAACGCGCCGCUGUCUACCGCAAGCUGAACGAAGCGUCCCAAAUGUUCGCCAUGGUGUACCGGAUUUCUCUUGGUUGGUUUCAAAAUGUCGACCGGGCGCUGCCUCCGUUUCCCGUGCCGUUGAAGACGCUUCUUCAAGACUGCUUGAAACGCUAGUUUCUCUUAACCUGUAUACGUGCAGCUGGGCUUUGUUGUUUGUCAUAUAAUGUGUUUUAUAACUUCAGAUAUGUAUUUUAGUAGGUAUCGUAGUUUUUGGCUUUUUUAGACAUAUUGUAGGUGAUUUCCUGUAGAACUGAAUUUCGCGGUAUUUAUUU